GAAAAGUACAGAAUGGCUGAUAGACGGACUAUAGAAAUUGGUAAGGCACCGCGCCAACAUUCAUUUGUCAGACUGCUAACGGUUGGCGAUUAAUUAUGUAUAGAGUCCAUGUAUAUAUCGAACUUUCCAAGUGUGGAGCGUUCUAGUGUGUUCCUUACCUAGGAUACCGGCUUUGAGUGUCAAACAUCAGACAUUAUGGUCUAAACACACGACAAGGAGCUAACACAACCGACACUUAUAUUUCUCGUCAAGGAAUCAUCUUCACUAAGAUAUUGAAGAAGUAUUUUUUGUGAUUUGGAAAAGAUACGUAAGAAAUAUGAACUGAAUUUCGUGUUUUUGAAAAAUAGAACUGUGAAUUGGAGUACAUUACGGCAAUAGUGUAGGAAGAAAAACGUUAGCAAAAUGGUGUACAAUUAUACGAAACCUCGGGCCCCUAUAGCGGCCAUGUACAGUAGCCCCGGGCCCUGUUACGGCCUCCCGGGAAUCAUUGGUGGAAAAGGUCAUGACCCUCGGAGUGUCCAUCAUAAAGGGUCAUCUUAUUCGUUCGGAACACGUCACGGAAAGUUCACGGAUGACUGUAGUCCUGGCCCCUGUUACUUCCUCACCAAGUACUACCGUGACGGUAAGGACGGAACUCCACACUACUCCGUGUACGGUCGCCAGAGGGAACUCACCACCUUCAAUGUCCCCGGACCUGGGGCAUACAGCCCUGAACAUGUUGGACCUCAAGCCCACUUCCGUCCUGCUGCGUACAGCUUCGGUGCCCGACAUCGGAACCGAAGGACGGAUAACGUGCCCGCUCCUAACCACUACUCUCUCCCACCUAUGACUGGUAAAACCGUACAGAGCAGCAAGACACAGGCACCAAUAUAUUCCAUGAAGUCUCGCCAAAACAGGGGCCACUUUAGCGAAGACCUUGCCGGGGCUCCCGGGCCCGGAACUUACAAAACAACCACACCUGGUACGUACAAAAACAAGGCUCCGAUGUAUAGUAUGACCGCGCGCAAUGCCAUGCCCGGAGAUAGUACACAGAAACCCGGCCCAGGGGCUCACUCCCCGGAGACGGUCAGAAUCAACAAAAGGGCAGCUCCUAACUACAGCUUCGGGAUUCACCACUCCCCGUACAUCGCGCCACUCAUCGUUGAUGCGGAGUAGACCCGGGGUGGUUACUGUUUUUCGAGACUUUGUUAGUGAUAUUGCUGAACAUUCAUCCAGAAUCGGGUGUGUUCGAUGUAUAUUGUGUACUUCGUCAUCAGUUCGUGUCGUAGGAAAAAUCUUUGAAAUCCGAGAUGGUAUCCAUGGAAAUAUAUCGUGGACAUUCUCCUUGGAAACACACGUUGCAUACAAUAGGGGACUCGAGAAUCGGACAUCGUCAUGUCAUAGCGAUAUAACUAGUGCCUUGUAAAAGACUGAAAUGGUUUAAUCGGUUUUUACUUUUUUUUGGUCUGAAACAUACCAGAGUCUUCACUACGAGUCUUUCUGAAAACAGGAUGUGUACAUGUUACCGUAUUUUGUAGGGAUAUUUGCCGGUGAGUUAUGUCCAAUUACGAUGGUCAAAACUGACCGAUGUGAUAUCGUGUCCAGUUAGUUUAACGUCUGCUCACGACACGGAAUAAAUAUAUAUGAUGAUUUGUAUUUAAUUUAUAGGUGUAUGUAAUCCAGUUAUGUGCCCAGUUUUUCUUUUCUGUGCACAAUAAAUUGCUCAAUGUCAAUCACA